GAACAGAAACUUUGCUUAUCAGAGACUGGAGCAUUGAAAUGAGCUCAAAGAAAACUCCGCCAAGGUUUAGGGCUGUAGGGCAGCGCUCACUUCCUUCAUUAUUCUUGUCUUGCUCAAAAAAGUCUGUCAAGGCUGUAGAAGAAGAUCCCGAUGGGGGCUCGCAUGUGCGGCUCUCGGAACGGAAGCCGCACCAGACUGCUGGAAAACCCACGACAGUAAAGGCAAGGUUGAGGCCCUUCUCGUCAAUUUUUGGCCUGAGAGAUUUAAGUGAGUGCAUUGAUCAUGAUGAGCAAAUUGAGGCCAAGAAAGGAGGGGAAGCUGAGAAGAAUCAUGUUGCUGCUUUAUUGGCUUUUGAACAAUUCAAGCAUACUGAUCUAGGAAAAGGACAUUCUUUAGGUCCAUCCACUGAUGGUCGAGUAGAAAGUUCUAACGGAGAUGUUGUAGAAGAAUCAAGAAAAAGGAGGAACCCUUUUGAAGCUGGGGUUGACAAGCACAUUGCAAGAAAGCAUUUCGCAAUGCUUGGAGGUGAUUCAGAACCCAGCCAGACAAGAAGGAAUGAGAGUUUUAUAAGCAAGGAGAAACCAGGACCUGUUUAUAACUACAGCGGCGGUGGCAAACACACUGUAAGAAAACAUUUCACAGUGCUUGGAGGUGAUCCAAAACCAAAACCACAAGCCUACCAGAAAAGGAGAAGGAAUGAGGGUUUUGUAAGCAAGGAGAAAGCAGGACCUGUUUAUAAUCACUAUGCAAAUGGCUGUGGCUGGUGGGACUGCGACAGGGAAGGCAUUGACAAUGAAGAAGUAGGCCUCAAUGAGGUAUGGGAAGGAGUGGGCUCUACCACAUUGGGAGGAAUAGAAUGGCAUUGAUCUUUGGCUAUAGAUAUCAUGUCUUAAUGAUAAUUGAAAACUUGUGUAGAAUACUCUGUCAUUUCUCUCCCAUCCCAGAUCCCACCACAUUUAGUGAUGUCUUGUGUAAUUUAAUGUUUAUAUAUUGUACUGUUUUAACUUUUAACAUGAAGAUAUCUUUUUAG